AAAUUCCAUCGAACCCAAAAUCGAAGGCAGCGAACACUACUCUCUCUUUUUUUUUUUCUGGGGUUUUCUUCUUCUCCUUCUUCUUCUACUUCGUCGUCUUCGUCUCUCUUCCCUCUACAUACACAUACACACAGAGCUUUUGAAAAAAAUAGCGGACGCUGGAGCAGUUAGAUGGCGGCCGGGAGAUCAUCAAGUAUGCCGUCACGACUCCGGCAGCUUUUAUCCGGCGAAGGUUCUAUUGGUCCUUCUAUUAGACUCGACGCUGAACCUCCACCUGAAAUCAAAUCAUUCAUUGACAAAGUAAUCCAGAGUCCACUGUCAGAUAUUGCAAUACCUCUCUCCGGUUUUCGGUGGGAAUACAGUAAGGGGAACUUUCAUCACUGGAGACCGUUGUUUCUACAUUUUGAUAAAUACUUCAAGACAUAUUUAUCAAAUAGGAAUGACCUUCUCUUGUCCGAUAAUAUUCUAGAGGAUGAGAAUCCCUUUCCGAAGCACACAGUACUUCAAAUACUUAGGGCAAUGCAGAUCAUUCUGGAAAAUUCUCCCAACAAAAGUUCAUUUGAUGGUUUAGAGCACUUUAAACUCCUACUUGCUUCUACGGAUCCAGAGGUUCUCAUUGCAGCUUUGGAAACUCUUUCUGCGCUUGUGAAAAUCAGCCCAUCUAAGCUCCACAGGAGUGGAAAAUUGAUUGGAUGUGGUUCAGUAAACAGCUUCCUACUCUCUAUUGCCCAGGGUUGGGGUAGCAAAGAGGAAGGAUUGGGUUUGUAUUCUUGUGUUGUGGCUAACGAAAAAAACCAGGAAGAAGGUCUGAGUUUAUUUCCUUCUGACGUGGAAAAUAAUCAGAGUGAAGCAGAUUAUCGGAUCUGCCUACUUGCAUUUAUUGUUCUUGUUCAGUCAAGUGAUGCUCAAGACGAACUUGCGUCCUUCUUUGCAAAUGAACCUGAGUAUACAAAUGAAUUAAUCAGAAUUGUCAGAUCUGAAGAACCAAUCCCUGGAACCAUUAGAACUCUUGCAAUGCUUGCAUUGGGAGCGCAAUUGGCUGUAUACUCGGCCUCUCAUGAUCGGGCCAGGAUUCUAAGCGGAUCUAGCAUCAGUUUUGCUGUUGGCAACAGAAUGAUUCUUCUUAACGUGCUUCAGAAAGCUGUGCUAUCUUUGAAGAUCUCAAGUGAUCCAUCAUCUAUUGCUUUUGUAGAGGCUCUACUCCAGUUUUAUUUGCUCCACAUUGUUUCAUCAUCGUCAUCUGGAAGCACUAUAAGGGGGUCAGGAAUGGUUCCCACGUUUCUCCCUCUCUUGGAGUAUGCUGAUCCAAGCCACAUGCAUCUUGUAUAUUUGGCUGUUAAAGCACUACAAAAGCUCAUGGAUUAUAGUAGUUCAGCUGUACCUCUACUCCGGGAUCUUGGGGGAGUAGAGCUUUUGUCUCAGAGGUUAGAGGUAGAGGUACAUCACAUUCUUGGGUUACCUGUAGAGAACAACAGUGAUAUGGUAGUUGGUGAAUCCUUAAAAAUAAAUGGUGAUCAGUUGUUAUCCCGAAAGAGACUCAUCAAGGUUCUUCUGAAGUCUCUUGGUUCUGCGACGUAUACCCCUGGAAAUGCUAAUAGGUCUCAAAGUUCUCAUGAGAGUACUUUGCCUGCCACUUUGUCUUUAAUAUACAGGAAUGCAGAUAAAUUUGGUGGUGAUAUUUAUUACUCAGCUGUCACAGAAUACUUCCUUCGUCAAAGGCUCUUGCUUGCAUUCCAAAUGGGGGCAAUAUGUCUCAAUAGCAAAGGAUUGGAGACAGUAAAAAAUACUUCGGCAUUGCGCUUCCUUGUCGACGUGUUUACCAGCAAGAAGUAUGUUUUAGCUAUGAAUGAGGCCAUUGUUCCGUUUACAAAUGCUGUGGAAGAGCUUUUGCGUCAUGUUACGUCGCUAAGAGCCACUGGUGUUGAAAUCAUUAUUGAAAUUGUGGAUAAAAUUGCAUGCUUUGGAGAGACUGGUGCUUCAUCAUCAUCUGUAGAUCGACUGAAUACUGCACUGCAAUGGAAAUGGAUUCAGAUAACAAUGGAGAAUUCUGAGACAUCUCGUCUCUUUGUGGAGAAGUCUGGCAUCGAGGCUUUACUUAAGCUUCUUUUACGGCCUAGCAUUGCUCAAUCCUCUGAAGGGAUUUCUAUUGCCUUGCAUAGCACCAUUGUUUUCAAGGGUUUUCGCAACAUCACUCUUCUUCUCUUGCUCGUGCCUUUUGCUCUUCUCUUCGCGAUCAAUUGAGGAAAGCUUUAGAAGGGCUGCAAGAUCUUUCAGGGACGUUCUUACUGGAUCGAAAACUUUCUCCAAGUUCAGGAAUUUUUUCCUCUCUUUUUCCUUGUGGAGUUUCUUUUGUUUCUAGCUGCAUCAACAGGAUAAACCGUUGGGUGAGUG